AUGAAUUUCACCAAAGUUUCACGCGUCCUGCUGGUGAUCCUGCUCGCAGCGCAAGAUUGUUUUUCCUCUAAAGCAGAGGACAGGCUGUUCCGGAGGCUGUUCCGCCGUUACAACCAGUUCAUUCGACCAGUGGAAAAUGUCUCAGAUCCAGUCACAGUGGAGUUUGAGGUCUCCAUAUCGCAACUGGUCAAAGUGGAUGAAGUGAACCAAAUAAUGGAAACCAAUCUCUGGCUUCGGCAUGUAUGGAACGAUUACAAGUUGAAAUGGUCUCCUGUUGAAUAUGAUGGGAUUGAGUUUAUACGUGUACCAUCAAACAAGAUUUGGAGGCCAGACAUUGUGCUGUACAACAAUGCUGUGGGUGAUUUUCUGGUGGAGGACAAGACCAAAGCUCUGCUCAAGUUUGAUGGGACAAUCACUUGGAUUCCUCCAGCUAUUUUUAAAUCCUCCUGCCCCAUGGACAUCACGUACUUCCCGUUUGAUUAUCAGAACUGCUCCAUGAAGUUUGGCUCCUGGACGUAUGAUAAAGCCAAGAUCGACCUAGUUCUCAUUGGCUCUAAGGUGAACCUCAAAGACUUCUGGGAAAGCGGCGAAUGGGAGAUCAUUGACGCUCCAGGAUACAAACACGACAUCAAGUACAACUGCUGUGAGGAGAUCUACCCUGACAUCACGUACUCUUUCUAUAUCCGCCGCCUGCCGCUCUUCUACACCAUCAACCUCAUCAUCCCCUGUCUGCUCAUCUCCUUCCUCACUGUCUUGGUCUUCUACCUGCCCUCGGACUGCGGGGAGAAGGUCACGCUGUGUAUCUCCGUCCUGCUAUCUCUCACUGUGUUCCUGCUUGUUAUCACUGAAACCAUCCCGUCCACGUCUCUGGUCAUCCCUUUGAUCGGCGAGUACCUUCUCUUCACCAUGAUCUUCGUAACUCUCAGCAUUGUCAUCACCGUUUUCGUGCUGAAUGUCCACUAUCGCACGCCCAUGACGCAUACGAUGCCGGACUGGGUGCGGGCGGUGUUCCUAGGAGUGCUCCCAAGGGUCAUGCUCAUGCGCAGGCCCAUAGAUCAAGCCGGUUCCAACUCUGCAAGCAACAGGACUGGUGCGGUCGGGGGAAAUGCAGGUUUGAAUCGCCUGGGCAACAAGAAGCGAAAGAACAGCAUUGGAUCGGGGAGCGGAUCCGGGAGCGUUAGCAUCGGAGGGAUAACUGGUGGUGUAGCAUGUGCUCGGGAUGGAAGUGCAGGUGGAGGUGCGUCAACUGCAGGCGCAAUGAACUGUGUAGAGUAUGGAGAAAUUCGAGACAAGAAAAGAGAACUCUCCUUAAAUCGAGACCAUAACCGAGAAUUGUCCUUGAAUCGUGACAAUAACAAAGAGCUAUCGCUGAAUCGCGACGUGACCAGAAGGUACACCUACAACCGAGGCAAAGAAGUGCCCACGCCAGUCCCCCCUCCCAUGGUCAAAACACCGCCUCCUCCUCCACCUCCUCCUCCUCCACCACCUCCCCCUCCUCUCCCCUCGUCGCUCACAUCCCUGGGCACUCAGAGCUUGCCGCUGCCGGAGCCCCCAAAGUCCCCGAAGGUGCCCAGACCCUUAAACUCCCCGUCGCCCGUCAAUGCAGUGGUGGCUGUGUCGGUGAUGUCGCCCGAAAUCAAGCAGGCCAUAGAGAGCGUCAAGUACAUAGCGGAGAACAUGCGGACUCGGAACAAAGCCAAAGAGGUGGAGGAUGACUGGAAGUACGUGGCCAUGGUCAUAGACAGAAUUUUCCUGUGGGUGUUCGUGACGGUGUGUGUACUGGGAACACUGGGACUCUUUCUGCAGCCGCUCAUCAGCUUCUUCAAAUAA